ACGUUAUACCUCGGCACCUCACCCGCUAUCGUGUCCACCUUCUGCGCACGUUAUAACUGUGCGGCUCCCUACCGACAGAUCUUCCACCUUUGCACUUGGGUCUCUCCGUCCCUUUCGUCCAUGAGCCAUGAACUUGAAUGAUCGAACCAAACCCAGAAAACCCAGGAUACUACCUCCCUCUUCUUCUUCUUCUUCUUCUUCGGAAACCCUAACCCCAAUUCCCAAAAUGGCGCGAAAAUCUAUUCUCAAAUCAACUGUUGUGACCGUCUUAUGCGUUUUUGGACUGUAUGGGUUGUCCACCACUUUUUUCAACCCCAUAAACCCUUACCACUCCAGGCUCGAUCUUAGCCUCCCUCUUGAUUCGUCGUCCAAGUCGCUUUCGCUCUUGAGCACUGAUUCCGGGGAGAAUUUGUCGAAAUUCUCCCGGAAUUUCGGGCCGGUGAAGGUGUACAUGUACGAUCUUCCGAGGAAGUUCACGUACGGCGUGAUCGAGAGCUACGCGGUGGCUCGGGGAGGGCUGGAGAAGGUGCCGGUGGAUGACGUGUCGUCGCUGAAGUACCCCGGGCACCAGCACUCCGGGGAGUGGUACUUGUUCUCGGACCUGAUCCGGGAGGACCGGGGUAGGAGGUACGUUGUUAGGGUUUCGGAUCCGGAGGAGGCGGAUUUGUUCUACGUUUCGUUCUUUUCGUCUCUUAGUUUGGUGGUGAACCCAAUUCGGCCAGCGAAUGGGGAGGGUGCCGGAACUGGGUACAGCGAUGAGGAGAUGCAGGAGAGUUUGAUGGAAUGGUUGGAGCAGCAGGAGUAUUGGAAGAGGAACAAUGGGCGGGACCAUGUGUUUAUAUGUCAGGAUCCCAAUGCUCUGCAUCUGAUUGUAGACAGAGUGAAGAAUGGGGUGCUGCUUGUUUCGGAUUUCGGGAGGCUGAGGAGCGACACAGCAUCCUUGGUUAAGGAUGUGAUUUUGCCGUAUGCCCAUCGGAUUAAGUCUUACAGUGGGGAGAUUGGAGUUGAGAAUCGAAAAUCUUUGUUGUUCUUUAUGGGAAAUCGUUAUCGCAAAGAGGGAGGAAAAAUUCGGGACUUGCUUUUCCAAAUACUUGAACAAGAAGAGGAUGUUAUAAUAAAACAUGGUGCACAAUCCAGAGAGAGUCGACGUAUGGCUUCACAAGGGAUGCAUUCAUCAAAGUUUUGUUUACAUCCUGCUGGUGAUACUCCUUCAGCCUGCCGACUCUUUGAUGCUAUUGUUAGCUUGUGUGUCCCAGUGAUAGUCAGUGACCAGAUCGAGUUACCUUUUGAAGAUGUCAUAGACUACAGAAAAAUUGCAAUAUUUGUAGAUUCCACCUCUGCUGUAAAGCCAGGAUUCUUGGUUAAGAAUCUGAGAAAAAUAACCAGAGAGAGAAUUUUGGAAUACCAGCGGGAGAUGCAAGAGGUGACCCGAUACUUCGAAUAUGAAGAUACAAAUGGAACAGUUAGUGAAAUCUGGCGACAAGUCUCCAUGAAGCUCCCACUUAUUAAAUUGAUGAUCAAUCGUGAUAAACGCCUUGUCAAGAGGGAAAUGACUGAACCAGACUGCUCCUGUCUCUGUUCAAACCAGUCCGAGAUCAGGACCUUUUUAUGAUGCCAUAUAUUUGUCUAAUGAUUCUGGAACUUGGUAGUCCUGCAAAAAAUUGUGGGAUUGAAAUAUCAGCAUCAGAAGAAAGUCUUCCUGGUUUCUGAGGGAGUGAGGAGUGGUAACUCAUAAACUCCACUGAUCAGUCUGUUGCUGAAGGUACUGGCGUUCCUUACAUAGAUUUUUUUCCUUUUUCUUCUUACACAGGAAGGGACAACUGAAGUUUUUCUUAUUUCAUUAGGUUAUCUGGCAUUUAACUGUUAUGGAUGCCUAGGUGCUUUAGUUUUCCUUUCUGUUACUUCCAUUUGAGGGCAGACUGUGCGGCUGUUUAUCGUUCCGUGUAAAUUACAAUUGAUUUGUAUAUUGUAGAAAAUGAGGAAAAAAAUGAAGUGGCUGAUUCAUUUCUUC